CCCCUAUGGUCUAUGCGUACUUUGUAGACCGCUUGUUUGUAAACUCCUCUGAUGGUCCUAGAGGGUGACAUGAGGCAGCUGGUGGAUCAGAGCCCAGGCUGGGUGUGGGGAUGUCGCAAGCUUUCCGUUGCAGAGGGGAGGGGGGCACAAGGGGCUGGGAGCUGAUAAUGGCUCUUCCCCCAUCCCCAGCUUCCUGCUCCAGCCCUAUAUAAGGGGCUGGGAUGGCUGGAUCCAUUGGAGCUCGCUGAGGACUCACAGCCAUCAUAGAGAGAUUUGCCACCCCAGAUCUGCCCGAGAUGAAGCUGGUCCUGGUCCUGGCACUUGCCCUGCUGGGAGCCGUCUCUGCUCGCCAGCUCCAUGAGGGCACCCCGGAGCAGGAGGUACCAGCUGAACAGGGUGAGGAGGAGCCUGGGGAGCCAGAGCCACCGUGCCCCAUGGAGAGCGAGAGCUUCAGGAUGAUAGUACCUGGCCAGGGGGGCCACACCUGUCGCUAUGUGUUUGUGAACAAUUGCCAGCCAUUUUGGACAGCCCAGCGCCUGUGUGCCCGCUGCUACCACGGCCACCUGGCCUCCAUCCACAACUAUGCGACCAACCAGCGCCUGCGCUGCACGGCACGUGCCCGCACCAACCGGGGCCAGGUGUGGAUUGGCGGCUACACCUCCCGCUGGCACCGGUGUCUGCGUUCCCAUUGGAUCGACCACAGUCUCUGGAACUACUCCAACUGGGCCAGCGGGAACCCCAGCCAUGCUUCACAAAUGUGUGUCGCCCUGUGCACCACAGGUCUGCCUGAGAUGAAGCUGUUUCUGGCGCUCACCCUGCUGGGGACCGUCUCUAGUCACCGUCUCUCUGAGGGUGCCCUGGAGCAGGAGGUAUCAACCGAGCAGGGCAGCUCUGAUCUGGAGGAGGAGCCCGGGGAGCUGGAGCCACUGGGAUCUGGGGAGAACAAGAGCUUCAUGGGGAGAGGUGCACUGGGCAAGAGGCUUCGUUACUCAGUGGUGAUACAGGACCAGACCUUUUAUGGGGCCAUGAGCGAGUGCAGUAGGAUCUUCCGCGGCCACCUGGCCUCCAUCCACAGCAACUCGGCCAAUGAGCAACUGCGCACAGUAGCACGCGCCCACACCAACCAGGGCCAGGUGUGGGUCGGGGGCAUCACCUCCUCCUCGGGCGGACGAACAUUCUCCCGCUGGAUGGACGACACCCCUUGGGACUUCUCCAACUGGGCCAGGGGGAACCCCAGCCGCUCUGGGCAAACCUGUGUUGCCCUGUGCACUGCAGGUGGACAUUGGAGAAAUGUCAGCUGCCAGACUCGCCUUCCCUUUAUCUGCGAGUACUGAGGGGGCUGCUCCCCCCACGGGGUCCUGCUGCCCACACUGCAAUUGCUGGGACUCCUUGCUCCACCCUGCCGGAGGCG